UGUCAUAGUCUAAACUCAAAAAAUCAACAAACAAGUUUAAUUUCAUAAUUAUUUUACUUUUCGAAAAUAAGCCUGAAUUUAGGUCUAGCAAAAUAAGAAGAAUAAAUCUGAAUUUGGUAGCUUGCCUGAAAUGAAAUAAAAUAAAAACCUACCUACAAUGGAAAAGAAGUUCUGGUCCAACCAGGAAACAAAGAGAUUUAUUGCGCUGUUUAAAGAAAAUCCAAUAUUGUGGAACAAAAAAUCAGCAGAUUAUAGAAAUCUAGCAAAAAAACGAAAAAUGGAAAACAGUUUUUCUGUUGAAUUCAAUACAUCAGUUGCAGAAAUCGGUAGAAAAAUAACUAUUUUACGAACUCAAUGGCAAAAGGAGUAUAAAAAAAUGAAGAAUCCUGCAACACACUAUGAAAGUAGAUGGAAAUGGUUUCAGUCUUUAAAGCCUAUAUUUGAUACAGAUCAAAGAAUUGAGGACGAAGACGACGAUAUAGAUGAUAGUAGUACAAUUAAUGGGUAUUUAGCAGAAAGCAAGGAACCAGAUGCCACAUAUUUAUACGUAGAUUCUGAAGCUGGGGACUUGAGUUUUAAGGAUGAUGAAGAUUGUAAAAACUCUAACAAUGAUGAAUAUCAGAUAUUUGGAAAUUAUGUAGCCAUCAAAUUAAGGUCUAUGCAUCACGAGAAGAAUAUUCAGGAAUUAAAGAAGUUAAUCAUCCAGCAUAUAGACCUAUGGACGGAGAAAGAUGAUAAAGAAUAUUAUUCUACAAAAAUCCAUUUAGAAAAUUCAUUUGACUAUAAAAUGUUAAUGCUUGACGAGCCAGAAUUUGAGGAAAAUGUACCAGUUAUGUUUGGAUUACUCGGAGAUGAUACAUAUUCACGAAAUGACAAUACUGAAGGCCUUGAAUUUGGUAAACUGAGCAAGCAAAUUGAGUUUAGUUCAGACUCAGUGUCGGGGCUGAAUGAAUGUUUCACAGAUCAAGCACAGAGACUAUGUAUCUUUGAUUUAGCUGUGAAAUUGACCAACAAUGAUCAUUAUGAUAUAGGAGGAACAUACAAGCAAAAGGCGAACAUAAAAUCAGAGCUAUGGUUCUACUGCACAACAUCUGUAUGCCCGCAAAGUAAUUAUAUCCUAAACAUAUUUGCUUGUUACCGAAACGAGGGAACAGUGUCUAUAGGCAUUAGUGACACAAGUACAAUAAAAAAAAUAAGGAUAUAUGAAGAUGAUGAUGGCUUAUCAACUUAUUGUACUCUCCCUGAAACUUUAUGUUGGAAAACGUAUAAGUCGUGUGAAAGAGAUGAGAGCCACCAUGUUAAGUCUUUCUGCUUUUCAAAGGAAGAUUUGAAACUUUUACAAAAACAUACCCUUUGCAUCCCAAUCAAAAUUAAAAUUAAUACAGCCUGUGUUGUGGAUAAAGAAACGUUGCAGAGAAUCAAAAGAAAUCACAACUUGUCAAAGCUGUUCAAGAGACAAGAGGACACUGAUUUUGUAUUAGAAUCAACUAGUGGAAAAAAGUUUGAAGUUCACAAAAUACUGCUGGGAGCUCACAGCUUGAUUUUGAGAAAUAUAUUGAAAGAUUCUUCUUCUGAUUCUUUAGUCCUUGAUAUUAAUGAUGAUGGCAUGGAGCGACUCCUUGAAUACAUUUACACUGGAUCUGUGAAGGAUAUUUCAGAACACAAUUGGUGCCAGCUCAUUGAAUUGGCAAAUAAAUUUAAACUAGACAACUUAUUUAAGGAGACUGAAUAUGCAAUAUCUCAGCAAUUUUCCGUAACCAAUGCAGUAGACAUUGCUGUAAUGUCGGAAAAGUACAAAUUGGAAACUAUUCAGCAAAAAGUGUUUGAGUUUAUUAGAAGUCAUCCGCAAGUAUUGGAAACUGAUGGCUGGAAGAAUUUAAACGAUGUAGCCUUGACAAAGAAGUUGUUCAAGGAAAUAUAUUAUGCUGAUAGCACAUAGGAUUUUGAUAACUCCCAGUGCAAGAAAUGGAUAAGAGCCAUACCAC